GACGACGUUUUAUUCUGAAGAGUUUUACUGUUUCCGGUUAUGACAAUCAAAACCUGACCGGAACCGGAAGUCCACACAGAUUUCACCGAAGAAAAAUGAGAAAGACAGAGCGGCAGGUGGAGGAUUUCUGAGCUGAACGGCAACGUCUGACAGUCCUGGAUGCAGGGCGGGAGGCCACUGGUGGACGUGGUCCAUCUGGGGCGGGUCUCCUACCAGGAGGGUCUGCGGCUGCAGCAGGUCUAUGUGAACCAGCACAAGUCCGGUCCAGCUCACUCUCUGCUGCUGUGUGAGCACCCACCAGUCUACACCACCGGGAUCCGGCACAAACCGUACCCGGCCUCGCUGCUGGACCAGCUGGUCCUGCUGGGGGCCGACGUCCACCGCACCAACCGAGGAGGACUCAUCACCUUCCAUGGGCCGGGACAGCUGGUCUGCUACCCGGUUCUGAACCUGAGCGGCUUCAAGAAGAGCGUCCGCUGGUACGUGGGUCAGCUGGAGAAGACCAUCAUCUCCGUCUGCAGCCAGUUCGGGGUCCAAGCGUCCACAUCGCCUCACACGGGCGUUUGGGUCGGAGACAACAAGAUCUGUGCCAUUGAAGAUUCCUGUUUAAUCAGACGGAUCGGCCAUCUUUGUUCCAACAUGGCCGCUCCGUCUGACCACCUAGGUUGGAUCAAACUUUUCACUUUAAAGCAAGAUUAAAAAACAAAAUCAAAUUCUCCCACUGAGUUUAAAUCCAGUGAAUAUAAACAUGUUGUAAGAUGAGAUAUAAAAACGGGGGCUGCAGCGGUUUAGGAGCCGCCGCUGGAACAGCUCCAUCACCGGUUUACCAGCCUGGACCUCAGGACCACUAGAAGCAGGCGAUGCACAGAUCUAAGCGAUCUGGAGGGAACAUCUGGCUGCAGGAGGUCAGACAGCUGCCUUAUAGGUCAACAAUAACACUGUCAAAUCCACCCUAAAACGAACGGGGAGCCACAGCUCAGGAGUCAGUAGGUGUGAGGCUGCUGUUAAUGAUCACGUCAGAGCCAGUAACCCUAAAAACCUUCAACAAGAAGAUGUUUCGUGCUACUAAAACACAUGCCGGGCGGCUGUAGCUCUGGAGGAAGAGCAGUCGUCUUCCAACCCAAGUGUCCUUGGGCAACGCUUAACCCCGCGUUGCCUCCUGAUGUUCCUCUCAGGGUAUGAGUGUGUGUGUGAGU